GCACUAACAAAACGUGUUUUCCUUUAAUACCUGCAAAAACAUGGCUGCUCCCGUGGUGUUUGGGCGAGAUGUACUCUCCCUGGCAAGGAUACUGACUGGAAUAUCACAUUUGGGACCAAGAGCUUUGAGCGCUUGUCCAGGUCACAGGAAAUGUAAUAUAAUCCGGUCUCGCCUCCCUUUGACACCAUGCACCUCCUUCCACACAGCAACAGUGUUUUCAUCAGUACCCUCACCAAUCACUGUCACAGAAGAUCCUGACACACUGUUACAGAAGGUGUCCGUGCUGGUCAAAGGUCAUGACAGUGCCGUCUUGGACAGCUACGAGUUCUUUGCCACCAUGGCAGCGAAAGAGCUGAACAUCAACAUCAGCAAAGUCUUUGAACCCCCCAAGGAGAUGGAUAGGUUGACACUCUUAAAGUCAGUCCACAUCUUCAAAAAACACAGGGUCCAGUAUGAGAUGAGGACACACUACCGGUGUAUUGAGUUGUCUCAUUUGACUGGCUCCACAGCGAAUGUGUACCUUGAAUACAUCCAGAGGAACCUCCCUGAGGGUGUAGCCAUGGAGGUGAAAAAGAGUGCCAUGGAGAAGAUUCCCGAUCACAUCUGUGAACCCAUGAGUGACCUCCUCACUGACGACAAGCCCAGCCAGUGAAACAAGUCUCUUCUUAGACAUCGAAGAAUAUGUUGACAUUAAAAAAGCAAUACUGACGUGACAUGAGCUUGUCAUGGAUUUCUAAACUGCUCAUCACAUUGAACUCAGCAGUGACAUUAUUAUGACAUCAACACAGAGCUGAACACCACAGAAAAAAGUCCUCUCUUCAUGUCAACUUGUAACAGUCUGUCUUCAUUCCUCGUUGUGUUUUUCUUUUAUGUGGAUCAGUGUGGAAUCUGUGUUUUUGUUGCCCAAUAAAUUAAC